CGUCUCCCGGGUCGCACCUCCCCCCGCCCACACCCGAUCGGAUCAAGAACGAGCCCCUCCUCCCCCCAUCUGAUCCUGGGACUGGGCGGUGGGGGCGCGCCGGGGAGUUUCUCCUGGUUCUUGAUUCGGUGGUGCUUCCCGAUUGUUACUGUAUCAUUUUUCCCCUCUCUUUGUUUUUUCAGGGUUUAUUUUUUUUUCUAUCUCUCUCUCUUCCCUGAUUCGGUGCACGCACGCGCAGGAAGGAACCAGAGCAGCUAUCUAUCGUGAUGUCCACUCUCGCGGCGCAUCCACCGUUGGGGCCAGCGGCGGCGGCGCAGGAGAAGGCGGCGAGCCGGAACAAGCGCAAGUACCGCGCCGAGCCGCCGUCCGCCGAGCUGGGGUCAUUCGGGCUGGAGUACCCACUGACGGCCGACUGCGUGGGCUUCGAGUUCAUGUCGCCGGAGAAGGCAGCCAUCGCGGCGGCGGCGGCCGCCGCCGCGGUGGCCGCCGAGGGCGUCAACCUGGACCUCAUCCCGGGCUCGUGCGAUUGCAAGGAUAUUCACCCCACGGCGGAGGAGCUACUGGAGUGCCAGAGAUAUGUGAAUUGGAAUGACCCCAACGAGGCGCUGCUCGAGGAGAUCCUUCUCAAGGGCCUGGACGCGACGUUCGACAAUGCCGUAGGUGUGAUCAUCGCGAUGGGUUACUCCGAGCCCACCGCGCGUGCCGCCGUCCUGCGGGCUGCCACGCAGUACAAUUGGAGGGAGAGCCUUGCUGGGUUCGGCGAGGCGGCGGUCGAGGUGCUCAAGACCGAGGGGGACAUGUUGAGUGAGGGCGCCUCCGAGGAAGACAUGAGGAAGAUUGAGCAGGCAGUGCUCGGUGGCAUGAUUGCGUUGGUCAAUCAGGCUCAGCCGUUCUACACUACAGGUGAUGUGAUGUUCUGCUUGCUUAUGUCGGAUAUGAAUGUGGCCAAUGCCUGUGCCAUGGACUACAAUCCGGCUUCCCUCCCAGCAGUGGAUACGCAAGUGAUUGCCCAGCCAGUUGUUGGAAACUAUGAACCUAAUAAUCCAAGUUCGGAUUUAUCAGUAUCUAUUACCAACCCACAGACUGGCGUCACUUUUCGUGGAAAACUUACCCCAGUGCCACCCAAUUCUUACAAUACUGCCAAGGCUGAUUCAUCCGCAACACCAGCAAACCUGAAUGUACCGAGCAGUAAACCCUCUGUCUCAGGUAAGGCGCAGAGUGAAAUCCCGAAUCUUAAGCCAAAAGAAAACUCAAAUCCUGUGCCUGAUCAUUCAGAGGAGCAACCAUUCGUUGCUGCUGCGACACAACCUGUGAAAGAUGAUAAGCCAAUCCCUAGUAAGAGGGGGAGUUCUAAGCGGGAUUCCUUGCAUCGGCAGAAGUUGAUGAGUUUUGAUAAGAGUUCCCGAGCACUGGGUUCUAAAGGAUCUCUUAGGUCAAGCAAGCAUAGCUCUUUGGGUAGCGCAGUGCUGGACAGGAAGUGCAGGUCGUUUUCAGAUUCUACUACUAGCAGUUUGAAGGCCUCAUCCAAAGUAGGCAAAGGGUUUUCUGCAAGCAUGAAGGGACCGGAAGUACCACCUGACCUUUCUUUUACUGGUGCUGCCCUUCCCUCCAAUCCAUCAUUUGAUGCCAAGCUGAGUAGUAACUUGAACCCAUUACCAGCUGCUAGCACAGAUCUCUCAUUGUCGUUGCCAUUGCCGUCCUCAAAUGACAGUCCUGCUCCAUCUUCGAAUCAUGAUGCCAAUACAGAGGGUAUGGACUCUAGCAGCAAAAUCAAUUUAUCAUAUGAUGAGGAUCAGAAGGUUUGGAUCCCACAAGAUAAGAAGGAUGAAAUGGUCUUGAUUCUUGUCCAGCGGCAGAAAGAGUUGCAAGCACAUAUGAGGGAUUGGACAGACUGGGCUCAGCAGAAGGUGAUGCAAGUCACUCGUCGACUUGCCAAGGAGAAGGAAGAGCUUCAUUCACUUAGGAAAGAGAAGGAAGAAGCGGACCGCCUCCAAGAAGAGAGGCACAAUCUGGAAGAGAGCACUCGGAAGAAGCUUUUAGAGAUGGAAUCUGCGAUUUCUAGGGCGAACACCCAGCUGGAAAAGGCAGAAUCUUCUGCUCGUAGACGUGAAGCCGAGAAUGAACAGCUCAGGAUACAGAUGGAAGCUGCAAAGCGGCAUGCACUAGUGUCUGCAACAAAUAUUUUGGAGCUUUCAAAGAAGGAUGAGAACAGUCAUAAAAGGUCUCAGCAUUGGGAAUCUGAAAGAGCCCUGUUGCAAGAGGAUCUUGCUGCUCAAAGGAACAAGCUAUCUCAGGUCCACCAGCAACUUCAUCAUGCUAAAGAGCAGAAGGAUCAAAUCCAGGCAAGGUGGAGGCAAGAAGAGGCUGGAAAGAUUGAGGCAAUUGCCCGUGUAAGCUUAGAGAAGAAAGAGAGGGAUCAGAUUGAGACAUCACUGAGGUCGGAAGAGAACUUCCUGCAUCUCAAAGCGGAGAACGAUACGCAAAGAUACAAGAGCCAGAUACGUGCUCUCGAGCAGCAGAUUUCGCAGCUGAAGGUAUCCUUGGACUCGUUGAGGGUUGGUGCCCCUCCCAAGUGGGGAGCAGACAACAGAACCAACGCGUUGCGCCUUUCUGAAGGGAGAAAGAAUGGCAGCGCUCAAAUUUUGGCCAAUAUAGCAGCGGUACCCCAGGAUUUCGAUUUUGACGACAUACAGCGUGACCGGGAGUGCGUCAUGUGCCUGAGCGAGGAGAUGUCGGUCGUCUUCCUCCCUUGCGCGCACCAGGUGGUCUGCGCGAAAUGCAAUGACCUCCAUGACAAGCAAGGGAUGAAGGAGUGCCCAUCGUGCCGGACCCCCAUCCAGCGCAGGGUGUGCGCCCGCCUCGCCGGUUGCUAGACUUCUUCAUAUACACCAUUUUGUUUUCUCUUUUUAUUUGUUUUUUUUGAUUGAUUUGCUGAGCUUGCCUUGGAUGGAUGGAUGGAAGAUUGGAUGGAAUAAUGAGUGGUGGUGAGAGUGGUUAAACUUUGAGAAUAAUAUACAUGGUUGGUCGCACAUCAAUCAAAACCCCGCAGAGAUAAUGGAUAAUGGGAUGGGUGUUGGUUAUACAUGAUGUACAGAGCGUUGUCUUCUGAAUGCUUUUCCUUUUGGUUUAUCUUUUUUUCGCUGAGCAUUGCAGGCAAUCAGAACUAGUUCUUGUCAGGUAAGAGUAUCAAAAUGUGUUUGAAUUUUGAUGCUUCUGA